CUACCGCACGCUGGACAGACAACUUCUAGAAAGCACUAGCGCUACGUCAUCGACAUGUUUGGAAUGUUUAUUUAUUUUUUUUGGCGUAAGCAUCUGAUGGACUCUAUUCCGCACAGCCUUGUGGUGACGAAAGGUGCCACGCGCUUGCAAACCUAAGAGCGGUCGCACUGCAAUAAGGACUUCGUGCUUAUGUUAUGUAGCGAAAAGAAGACAGGACUCUGGCCUGAAUACAGUGUGCAGUGACACAUAGUAGUUAAUUUAUUUAGGGCCUAUUAUAUUACUGUAUAUUUUCAUACCAGAGGAGCGUGGCGCAAACGAGGUCACCCCACUGGAGACAUCACAUGAAGCGCUGACAAGAGGAGUUAAUGGCUUAAUAACUCUCCCAAUCGUUUUAUUCCCGUGUUGCGUCCAAUGACACUUUGAAUUUAAAUCAGGCUGAACAUGACCAGAUACUGCCAUAGAUGAGUUUUAAUGUCCCAGAUGAAACAGAAGAAUGACACUCUGAUGUCUGAGAAGCCAAAUCCAGCGGAGAAGAUGAAGGAGGAGAAUGUGUUCCGUCGGCGGUUCUCUCUGUGUCCGAUCGCGUCCUCGCCACAGAAGGUGGUGGACCCACGCAAUCGCAAUCACUCGGACGGAGACCAUGACAUCUACCCUCUCAGUCCAGGCGGCAACAUUGACAAAGACGGUCUUCCAAGCCUCAAGAAUUUCCGCAGUCCUGCUAGGUCCCCGUCCACAAAGUCAGAGUCGAGGCUUUUCAAUGGUCAAGAUAAAGAAUAUUUCAAUCCCUUGGAGAAAUUGGACCGAAAAGAGUCCCUUAAGGUACAAAAAAAGAAUUAUCGUCAGGAGAAAAAGAGGGCAGCAAAAGAGCUUUUCAGCGCUUUGAAGGACCCCACUGUGGUCAUCAUGUCAAACUGGUUAAAGAUUCGUGGGACGUUGAAGAGCUGGACUAAGCUGUGGUGUGUUUUGAAACCGGGGGUGCUCCUUGUCUACAAGUCGCCAAAGGUGGACCACUGGGUGGGCACCAUACUCCUCAACGCCUGCAAGCUCAUCGAGAGGCCCUCCAAGAAAGACGGCUUCUGCUUCAAACUCUACCACCCGCUGGACCAGUCUAUCUGGGCUGUCAAGGGGCCCAAGGGAGAGACAGUGGGCUCCAUCACACAGCCCCUACCCGGCACACACCUCAUAUUCAGGGCCACCUCAGAGUCAGACGGGCGCUGCUGGAUGGAUGCCCUGGAGCUGGCCCUCAGCUGCUCCAGCCUGUACAAGCUGACCUGUAAGGCCGGCCGCGACGGAGAGCUCUCCAGCUCCUCAGACUCCUCACACAUUCUCAACCUCCACGCCACCCCUCUCUCCGCACAGGAGCUACAGCUCCUCCAUGACUCCAUGCUGGUGAAUAACCACCUGGAGACGGAUGGCUGCUCGGACAAAUCAGAGAGGGAGGCACACGAUGAGUCAGACAAUGGGGCCAAUGAGAACGGAGAGCGACUGAGUGAGGAGAGCGACAUGGACCAAUCAGAUGACCUCUCCCCCGCCCUCAAGGCCACCAGCUAUGUGGAGCAGAGUCAGGAGGACAUUGCUGAGGCAGGAGAGGCAUCCCAAACAGAGACGGUUUCGGAGGAGAAUAAAGGACUGAUGUGGACCCUGCUGAAGCAGCUUCGGCCGGGCAUGGACCUGUCCAAGGUGGUGCUGCCCACCUUCAUCCUGGAGCCACGCUCCUUCCUGGACAAGCUCUCUGACUACUACUACCAUGCUGACUUCCUAUCAGAGGCAGUGAAGGAGCCAAGUGCUUACGGGAGGAUAAAAAAGGUGCUGCGAUGGUACUUGUCUGGCUUUUAUAAGAAGCCCAAGGGACUGAAGAAACCCUACAAUCCCAUUCUGGGGGAAACGUUUCGCUGCUGCUGGCCUCACCCAGAUACUGACAGCUGCACGUUUUACAUCGCAGAGCAGGUGUCUCAUCACCCUCCCGUCUCAGCGUUUUACGUCAGCAACAAAAAGGACGGUUUCAGCAUCAGUGGUAGCAUCCUUGCAAAGUCCAAAUUUUAUGGUAACUCGUUGUCAGCUGUUCUGGAAGGAAAAGCUAAGCUGCUAUUUUUUAACCGUGACGAGGAGUAUGUUGUCACUAUGCCAUACGCCCAUUGUAAAGGCAUUUUAUAUGGCACAAUGACUUUGGAGCUCGGAGGCAGAGUAACAAUUGAAUGUGAAAAGACCAACUGUAUGAUUCAGCUAGAAUUCAAACUGAAGCCUUUCCUGGGCACUGCUGGUCAAGUGAACCAGAUAUCUGGAAAAAUAGUCCAGAAUGAAGAACUAUUGGCCACCGUGGAAGGUCAUUGGGAUGGGGAGGUGUACCUGUCGGACAGGAGGUCAGGGAAGAGGGAGCUCCUGUGGAACCCCACUCCAGAGGUGCGCAGCCAGAGGCUGACCAGACACAUCGUCCGACAGGAGGAGCAGGAGCAGAAUGAAUCUGAAAGGCUAUGGAAGCAUGUGACCAGUGCCAUCAUGGCCCAGGACCAGCACAGAGCCACGCAGGAGAAGUUCCUGCUGGAGGAGGACCAGAGGCAAGAGGCCCGGCAGCGUGGCACGCGCCAGUGGAUACCACACCUCUUCACCCAGGACCCCGUCACCAUGGAGUGGAGCUACAAACACGCAGAUUGUAAGCCGUGGGACCCAGCCCUGAGCGUGGUGCAGUAUGAGAAGGAUGGCAUCAUCCAGACGAGGGAGAAGGAGACCGGGCCUCAGGUGCGCCUCAACGGCCUCUCCUACAGCCAACAGUGGGCGGCCCAGCAGCAGCAGCUGCGAGCCAAAUCCCAGGGCAAACACAGGAAGUCCAGCAGGCAGCCCUCCAGCUGCAGCCAGAACACGGAGAGCAGCAGCACCUCAGACCCCCUGCACGAGUCCUCCGACAACGAGGGUCAUAGAGGACAGUGUCCUCGCUGUGCCUCAGUGGACCUGAGAGAAAUGGAGGCCUCCAUCGCAUCAAUAAAGAAGAUGCAGCAAGACAUUCAACGGAACCUGUGCGCCCUGAACCAGCAGAUGAUAGUCUGCAGUGAGCCAGCGGGGGGAGCUGGUGUGCUGGGUGGUCGCAGCUGGCUCCUCGUCUGCCUCCUGCUGCUGCUGCAGCUCCUCAUCAACUACCACUACUCCUCGUCCUCCUCCUCCUCCUCUUCCUCAUGAGAGUCAACUGCAAACCUCCAGCAAUAAACUAAACCACCACCUCAUCACCGUCGCCACUACACAGUUCCACCACCCAACAACCACCUCUCAGCUACCCCCCACCCCCCACCCCAAGAUCCCAACUCGCACUCAGGCACAACGCACUUUGGACCGAAGCAGGAAGGCAGAACAAGAGGAGAGGGUUUGGGGUUGUCAUUGGAAUGAAUGGGAUGUACAAUAAAA